UUAGGAGACCCUGACGAUCGAUCGUUGAGAAGAGUCGAAGUGGAUGUUGUCAUUCCAAAGAUGAUGAAAGAUGAAGUCAAGAAGUUCUGUGACGUGGAAGUUAAAGCCUUCGUGGACUGCAGCAAACAGUACGGACUCCUCCUACCUCUCAUGUGCAGGCAGCAGAAUAAGGAAAUGCAAAAAUGCACCAUGAAGUGGUACCAGGACGAAGAGUACAGGAAGGUGGUGACGGAGAGGUACCUACAAGAAAGGUCAGAGUUCAGGAGGACUGGUGUGCCUGUUCACAAGUACGAAAGAGGUCACUCGGGCCACUGA